AAAUUAUCUCCUCUUCUCCAUUUAUUUCGGAUUUCACCAUCUACCAAUAGAAAUGCAUCACCCUCUGCCUGACCCGUUUUGAAAUCCCAGUGCGCCGAGAAAAAGGACACCUGGAGCCACUCAAGACCCCCUAGGAGACAGCUCUCGGAGCUGGGGGACUUAGGACUCACCCAGGGUCGCGGGGGCCCUUGGAUGGGUGAGCGUGACUGAAGGGUACAGCAGAAAAUCACUGCACCCUUCACUUAGGGAAGGCCAGGGGAGGUGACUUUUGAACUGCGGGGUUUCACCCUCAGAGGCUGGGACACCCGGGCGACAACAGCGAGGGAGCGGGCAGUCCAGCCUUGACCCCUGCCCGGGGGCCCAGUUACGGGGCUGGCGGCGGGGGACAGGGCUAGGGCCUCGGGGCGUGCCUGUUCUGCCAGCUGAUUGGCUGGGGGGACGCGUCCCGGGAGGGUGCAGGGGUGCGGCGCCGAGAGGAUCCCCCCCCCGCCGCCCCAGGUGCUGAGCAUUCCCAGGGCCCCGGGUCGGUGUAGGGGUGCGGCGCCGAGAGGAUCCCCCCCGCGCCCCCGGCGCUGAGCACUCCCCCGGCUCCCCGCGGGUGCAGGGGUGCGGCGCCGAGAGCACCCCCCGCACGCCCACCAGCCUCCCGGGCCCCAGCCCGCGGCGCCCCCAGGCUGUCCCGGCCCGGUGCGUAGGCCCUUUCGCAGGCCCCCUGCCUGCAGGACAGGAGGGGAGGGGCCCGGACUUCAGUCCCAGACGGCGGGGAUCGAGAUGGCCUCCGUGCGGAUCCGAGAGGCCGAAAAGGGAGACUGUGGACAUAUCCUGAGGCUGAUUCGGGAACUGGCCGAGUACGAGAAACUCUCGGAGCAGGUGCAGAUCAGCGAAGAAGCCCUGAGAGCAGAUGGCUUCGGAGGGAACCCCUUCUAUCACUGUUUGGUGGCUGAGGUCCUUCCCGCCCCCGGGGAGCCGCAGGGGCCCCGUGUGGUGGGUUAUGGGCUGUAUUACUUCAUCUACAGCACGUGGAAGGGGCGCAACGUUUAUCUGGAAGACAUCUAUGUGACGCCGGAAUGUAGGGGUCAGGGGAUUGGCUCCGAAAUAAUAAAAAAGGUGGCUCAGGUGGCCCUGGAUCAGGGCUGUUCCCAGUUCCGCCUCGCAGUCCUGGACUGGAACCAGAGGGCCAUGGCCUUGUACAAGGCCCUGGGAGCCCAGGAUCUGACUGAAACCGAGGGCUGGCAUGCCUUUCGCUUCGAAGGAGAGGCCAUGAGGAAGUUGGCGGGAAAGUGAGGCCAUUCCUUGGGGAUCUCCGGGGUCGACCUCCUUCCCCACCAGCUCAAGUCCUCUGCACAGGCCUCCCUGAAGGAAGAGAGGUUGCGAGUGGCUAUCCCCAAAUUAGGAGCAGAGCAGUAUCCGGGCGGAGGCCUUUCCUCCUCCUUGUUGAGGGUGAGAAAUAAAGCAGAAUUACUGUAA